CCGGCCGUACGCGUGUAUUCCCUGGUUCCUUCUCUCACCUUCUCCAUAGACUGCAGACACUAGCGCCCUUCUGAACUGCUUUGGGUACUUGCGCGACUUACUCUACGCAUAGAAUUUCGCUCAUUUACUACCCCCUCACCAACGGAAACACAGCAACAAACGCACUCUCUAUGACGAAGCUCUAUGCAUAUCGUCACCAACCCAUCAAGGGUAUCUACUUGACUGGGCAGAUUGUCUUGACGCUGUUCGUCCGGCUGCCCUUCUGGGUGCUCACUUCACUACCAAGGACCUGGCGACAGCGUCCAUCAUGGUCCCUCUGGCAAUCCCUUCUCGUAAAGUUCGUGCGCUGCUUUGCGCAAAUUGGUGACAAAGUGGGUGACAUAGACUUCGGUACAGAUCCCAACCACGAAGCCAUCGUCCCUGGCGAGGGCGUCAACGGCGUCUGGCUCGACCCCGUGCCCUCGCUCAUCGUCGACGAGCUCAAAAUCUGGACGACCGCGCAAAACGUCGAGCCCGUUCGCAUACCCGGGUACUGGAUGCACGGCCCCGACACCGACAUCCCCGUCGCCGCACCCCCGCAACCCGGCGAAAAGGUCCUCCUCCACCUCCACGGCGGCUACUACAAAGGUCUCUCCGCCCACCCCUCCGACUUCACCUCCGUCAUCCCGCGGAAUCUCCUCAAGCACUGCGCGCCCGCCCUUUGGCGCACGCUCUCCGUCGAGUACCGCCUCUCGUCGACCUACCCGUUCCCCGAGCGCCACCCGUUCCCCGCCGCGCUCCUCGAUGCGCUCGCGGGGUAUAGCUAUUUGGUGCACACCGUCGGCUUCGCGCCGGAGGACAUCGUCGUCGAGGGCGACUCCGCGGGCGGGAACCUCGCAUACGCGCUCGUGCGCUACCUCGUCGAGCACGGCGGGCAAAACGGUAUACCACAACCGCCUGGGCACCUGCUACUGCUGUCACCUUGGGCCGACCUCGGGAGCGCCAUACGUUCCAAGCCCGGCGGCUCCUGGCAAAGAUUCGGCAAUGCGGAGGCCACCGACUUCCUCUACCCCGGCGCGCUCGCAGACCACUGCGCCAAGGCCGUCGCGGGCUCGCUGGGCACGCUCAUGCUCGAGCUCAAUCGCUACGUGUCGCCAGCGUCGCAGCAUCCUGCGCUCGGAAGGAUCUCCUUCAAGGGCUUCCCGAAGACGUUCAUCAGCGUCGGUGGGUGCGAGAGCCUUCUCGAUGAGAUCCGCAUCUUGCGGGACCGGAUGGUGGCGGAUAUGGGGGAGGGCGCAGUCACGUACCGCGAGGAGCCGGACGCGGUGCACGACUUCCUGACCUUCCCAAGGUGGCAGCCCGCGUCGACGAAUACCACGCUGGCUAUUGCGCAAUGGUUGGGAGCAUCUGGAAAGCAAUGAACGCACUGUGUUCAUCCCCAAAAUUCGAAAAUUCGUGCAAGCAAGUGACAUUACAGGGCAUCGAAGUAAGAUAGUCGUAAAUCUAUCAGUCGUUAAAUCUGUGUCAGCACACCCUACGCUGCGAUAUCCAUGAUCAGCGCCAUGAACUGCACCCCCGCCUCACUCUCCGUAUCUCGCUCCACUUCCUUCUCGAACGGAAUCGGGUCCUCCCCAUACUCGCUCCGCAGCUGCCGCGCGAUCCUCUCCUUGCUCACCGCGACCCCCGCCUCCUCCGCGGCCGUCACGAGCGCCUUGU